GACGUCACAAUCUUCCCGUGAUGCUUAGCGAAACCAACUCCAACCUUCGAUGAAAAUAUUUGCAUUUUGUUGCUCUCGCUCUCUCUUCUUAAUGGGAGAGUAAGAUACAAAAACACACCACCUCAGUCACAUCGACAACUUUAAGUAAUAUUUAAACAUCGAUCAAGUGGAGGCGUUAAAGUGGGCACGGCGUCAUGGAUCAGGACUAUGAGUGUAGGCUGCUCAGGCAGAUCAACAUCCAGAAUGAGAAUGCAAGCCCCAUAAAAGCUGUUCGAGCUCUGACACCCACCAGCUCCCCCCUGUCAUCCCCUAGCAAGCAUGGAGAUCGUUUCAUUCCUUCCCGGGCCGGAGCCAACUGGAGUGUCAACUUUCACCGUAUCAAUGAAGUUGAGAAGUCACACAGUCAAAACAGGAAAACCAAAGAUGGAACAACUGACAGUAACAAAGCGGAUGGUUUGGCUUACUCAGCCCUGUUGAAGAACGAGCUGCUAGGCGCAGGCAUUGAGAAAGUCCAGGACCCCCAGUCAGAAGAUCGGCGUCUGCUUCCAUCCACUCCUGCCAAGAGGAGCCUUUUUAGUUAUUCCGUAAGUACUAAGAGAUCUCUGCCAGAGGAAGAUGGAAAUACAGUCUCUCCUUAUUCUUUAUCGCCUGUCAGUAGUAACAGCCAGAAGUUACUGCGGUCGCCAAGGAAACCCACACGCAAAAUUUCCAAAAUUCCAUUCAAAGUUCUGGAUGCUCCCGAGCUUCAGGAUGAUUUCUACCUCAACCUUGUGGACUGGUCCUCUCUCAAUGUGCUUAGUGUUGGCCUGGGCACAUGUGUGUAUCUGUGGAGUGCCUGCACCAGCCAGGUGACACGCCUGUGUGACCUCUCUGUAGAAGGAGACUCUGUGACUUCAGUGGGCUGGUCGGAGAGGGGUAACCUGGUUGCUGUGGGCACUCACAAAGGUUAUGUACAGAUCUGGGAUGCAGCAGCAGGGAAGAAACUUUCUGUACUAGAAGGACAUACAGCCAGAGUGGGUGCACUAGCAUGGAAUGCCGACCAGCUGUCGUCCGGAAGCCGUGAUAGAGUGAUCCUUCAGCGGGACAUCAGAGCCCCGCCUGUCCAGUCAGAGCGUCGUCUCCAAGGACACAGACAGGAGGUCUGCGGGCUCAAAUGGAGCACAGACCAUCAGCUUCUGGCAUCUGGGGGAAAUGAUAACAAGCUGCUUGUGUGGAACCACUCGAACGUGGUCCCAGUGCAGCAGUACACUGAACACUUGGCUGCAGUGAAGGCCAUUGCCUGGUCCCCCCAUCAGCACGGCCUGCUGGCGUCAGGAGGUGGCACUGCUGACCGCUGCGUCCGCUUCUGGAACACGCUGACAGGACAACCCCUGCAGUGCACCGAUACUGGUUCGCAGGUCUGCAACCUGGCCUGGUCCAAGCACACAAAUGAGCUGGUCAGCACACAUGGUUAUUCUCAGAACCAGAUCCUGGUGUGGAAGUAUCCCUCCCUCACACAAGUAGCCAAACUUACAGGACAUUCUUACAGAGUACUUUAUCUGGCUAUGUCCCCUGAUGGAGAGGCUAUCGUGACAGGAGCUGGAGAUGAAACACUUCGGUUCUGGAAUGUCUUCAGCAAGAUGAGAUCCACUAAGGAAUCCGUUUCAGUGCUAAAUCUCUUCACCAGGAUCCGGUAGAAAGUAGCGCUACAACUAGAAGAUGGUCGUUUAUCAUUGCAUGUGUGGAGUCCUCGUUGUAAUCAGGAACCUUCUUGGAGUUUUCACCUCAGCAGUCUGCAGAGAGUGCCCAUCAACUGCCCUUAUUUAAUUAGCCAACUUGUAGCUGGAGGUGGGAGGAGCCGGCUGCAUGCAUAGUCUGAGGAGACGUGUACAUAAAGUUGAACGAAACCACUGCCGCCUCCAGUCCUGUCUGACACAGAGAAGUUUGGGGACAUCUCUCCCAAUGCAAUUAUGUUUUGUUUACAGACUGAUGUUGUGCAUACCUGCCAAAUAUUACAUUUGUGCUUAUGAUUGUCUAUUUAUUUUUUUCAUUUUUAUUUUUUUUUAACAUAGUGUUUGAAAGGUUGGUAGAUUCACUUUUAUAUAUGUAAUUAUACUGCAGGGUUUUUUUUGUUUUGUUUUGUUUUGUUUCUUUUUGAUUGGAUCAAUGGAGUAUGUCUGGUGUUGUUAGGGCAAGGUGUUUUUUUUUCUUUUUUUAACUGAGGGGUUUCAUAAACAUUGGCAGCCUUACCCCUUGUGGCUUUAAAAGGAGUGGUUAGUUAGCACGGGGAGUAGAAACAAGCCUGAUCUGCUUUAUAAAUUUGCUGGUCUCAUAAAUCUGGCAUUAAGUUAAUUUUCACUAAAGAAAAAAAAAUUAGCCAGUAUUACAAAGUAAACAUUUCAUAUUCUCUUUUUUGUUUGUUUUUUAAAAAUCACAUUAAAGCAUACAUUCACAUAAAUGGUGAGGUGUGAGCUCACAGUGAUGUUUCUGCAAACAUUCUACAAUCGCUUCUUAAGCAGUUCAUCUGUAUGCUCACUAUGACGAAAACAGAAGAUUUCAAUUCAGUUAUCUUUCAUAUUCAUUCUUUGUGAAUGACUUUUGUGGAUGUUGCUAAUCUUAUUUCCUUACUUCUAAAUGAAUGUUGGCGGGGGGAACUUUGGCUUAUCAGUAUAUUUGGUUUUUGUUUUUUUGUACACCCUAGAUCAGAUCAGAUAGUUCCCCCCCCCCCCAAUAUUUUAAAGUAACGGCACUUGUCUUACCCAUUCUAUGUUGUGACAUUAGGCCAUUAUACUAUCUGUAAAAGGAACCUUUCCUAUAAUUUGUAACAUAAUCCCGAUUUAAGGUCUCUCCCCCCCACCCCCAGUGAAUAUUGAGUUGACCAGUGUGCCACCGUUAAAUGAAUGCUACUUUUUUGUGUAGGUUGGCUCCUGUACGGCAGUAGUGUGCUUGUUUACCUAAUGCAGGGGCUUCACAGUCCUGAUGCUGACCCACAGCACAGUUUCAUUUUAAGCCAGAGAGACACACAAAACAGUCUGUCCAGAACUGGUGUCGACCAGCUCUUGAUUGGCUGCAGACCCCUGCUCUGGCUAAUGAAGGGCUUCGUUAUGAGCCUGUGUCUUGACGUAUGUUGGGGUAGAACACGGAGACAUGGGCAGUGCUGUGGGUCCCAGGGAUCAGCAUCAGAAUCACUGCUCUAAUGAGGGAAUUUGAUGGACAGUUCCAGUGCUAAAGUUUGUGCAGAUUUCUUUUAAUGCCACUUCAAAAUCAAGAUGAUGCUACCAACUUGAAUUACUAAAUGUUAAAAAAAAGCAUAUUUCUGUACUAAAAGAAUUAAACAAGCAUAUCUUGUAC